AUGACAACCGACCGGGCGAUAUGCGCCUGUCACGGUCACUACGAAGAGCUGCGUGCGGAGCUCCAGUCGCUCCGCACCGCGGUGACCAGCCCGAGCACCGGACGAAGCUGGGCAUCGAUUGUGUCCCAGUUAUCGGUGGUGUCGUCCAACACCCGGAUGGUGCGCUCGAGUCUUGGUCUUCCGGCUGUCGUCCUGGACUUGCGAUCGGCGAACGAGGAAACCAAAGCAUUAGUCGACGACCCCACACGAACGCGCGAGAAGGUCCGGGCCGCACUGAAAGAGGAAACGACUGCAUCGAACGUUGAGAUUGUCGGAGUCAAGCCGAAUCCCGAACUACGAUCAAGGUCUUUGUUGAUUCGGAAGAAAGCGCGGCACAGCUACGCCGAGCCACUCACUGGCUGAACUCCGUGCCGGGAGCUACGUUGCAGGGCGAGCAGUGGUUUCCCUUGAAAUUAAACGAUGUGAAGAAAGAAAGUGUCUACGAAACUUCGGGGGCGCAACGGGAGGACUUCACACAGACUUUCAAGAGGAAAAUGAGGUCGAACAGAUCAAAAAGAUCGUCUGGCUGAGUGGAGCGAAACGGUACGGAUCCAUGGUGAUUUAUCUGUCUAAAUAAGGGGACGCCGAGGCACUUCUCAAUCGCCGAAUCGUGCAUGUACACGGAGAAGCAGUGUUCUCAGAUAGAUUUUAUGAGCGGCCGAGGCCAUUGCGAUGCCG